AAAGCAGUGCUGUAUUUAUUUGGAGUAUCUUAUUUCCCCGCAAAAAUGAAAUUUUUGUUAGCAAUACUUGUUCUUAACUUUAUUUCCACUUUUGCAACAUGUAGUGCCCAAACCGUCACAGAAUCUUCAAGACAGCUUUCAGAAGACGCCAGCACGCAUUGUAAGCAAGAUGUAAAUUUCGUCAAAGCAGCUUUAAAGUUCUGCGAGAAAAUAAUUAUUGAAAGGGCUAAAUCAGAGAAGAAAAUUCGUCAGUGCGAGAGAACUGUCAAAAAACUUAAUAAAACGCUGAAAACCAACAGAAAGCAAUGCUCAAAUCAAGUCAAAGAAGAAAAAGAUGCAUGUGAUAGAGGCUUAAUUGAGUUGCAGACAGUUAACCAGCAGUUAGCAAAUCUCAAUGCCGACUGUGACAAGCCGUGCAAUCUACCAAUCUCAAAACUUGGUAAACCGAUGGAAAAAUUAAUCAACGUUUCCUCCGGCUACUAUUAUGUCAGCAAAACAUUUGAAAAGGAAAAUUGGUACCUGGCUGAUUUCCAAUGCAAACUCAAUGGUUUCAAACUGGCCAGCUUAGAAACGGAAGAGGAACACAACGAAAUUACUAAAGCUUUAAACAAAGAGAUUGAUGAUUUUUGGAUCUCUGGCACUGAUCUCGGUUCAGAGGGACGAUUCUACUGGGCUGCAAAUGGCAAAUCCGUUAUGAAUUUUGCCGACUUUGAGUUCGGUCAGCCUGACAACAAAGACGGAAAAGAGCAUUGUCUGCGUUUGAAGAAAAGCCGGGUCCAAUUGAUGCCAGUCUACAGGUGGGACGACAGCAAUUGCGGCAGUAAAUUUCGAUACAUCUGUGAAGUCAUCACCACUGAUUAA